GCGUGUGCGCGAUAGAGACAGACAAGGAAAGAUGGCGACGCAGGAGAGCGAAGUGGCCACAUCCUCCGUGAGCAACGGCGAGGUGAGCAGCAAUGGAACGGCUGCAACAACAGAUGGCCAGGCUGUGCAGACGGCCGAAAACGCACAGGACCCUCAGCAGCAGCAGCAACCAGCACCAAAUGCAUGGCAAGUCAUCAAAGGUGUCCUCUUCAGAAUCUUCAUAAUCUGGGCUAUCAGUAGCUGGUUCCGCAGAGGUCCGUCCACGCCCGACCCCAACACACCUGCUGGGGCACCGAGGGUCCCCAGCAGGAACCUCUUCCCCAAGGACACCCUCAUGGACCUGUAUGUGUAUGUGUCCCUGGAGGAGGUGUUCUCUGACUUCAACAACACAGAUGCCCUGUUUUGGUUCCACAGAGACCUCGUCUAUGGAGACUGGAACAUGGGAGAGGAUGCAGAUGGCUGCUACCAGCACUACAAGGAGAUGGACAUCCCAGAGAAAGUACUGCAGAACAGUUCGCUUUAUAUUCACGUCUACUUCACCAAAAGUGGAUUUCACCCAGACCCCAAGCGCAAGGGGCAGUAUCGCAGACUGGCAACAGUUCAUGCAUCAAGAAUGCUGAAUAAAUUCAAGAGGAGAAAGUUUCUCAAGACUAAGAAUCUACUGACUGGAGAGACGGAAGCAGAUCCUGAAAUGAUCAAGCGGGCUGAAAGCCACGGUCCAGUGGAGAUUAUUUCUCACUGGCAUCCCAACCUCACCAUCAACAUGGUGGAUGACCACACAGCCUGGGUUAAAGGCUCUGUUCCUCCUCCACUAGAUCAGCAUGUGAAGUUUGACGCAGUAAGUGGGGACUACUACCCCAUUGUGUACUUCAAUGACUACUGGAACCUUCAGAAAGACCACUACCCCAUCAACGAUACACUGAAGAGCCUCCCCCUGCUACUCACCUACUGCCCGCUGUCUUUGUGGCGCUGGCAGCUGUACGCUGCCCAGAACGCCCGCUCACCAUGGAAUUUCCUGCCCGAGGACACCUACGAGCAGUCUGAUGAAGACCAAGACUCUGUCAAGGUGGCCCUUUUGGAAACCAACCCAUACCUGCUGGGACUCACCAUUGUCGUCUCCAUUGUGCACAGCAUCUUCGAAUUUCUCGCCUUUAAAAACGAUAUCCAGUUCUGGAACAGCAGACAGUCUCUCGAAGGUCUGUCUGUGCGAUCCAUCAUAUUUGGAGUGUUUCAGUCUCUGGUUGUGCUGCUGUACAUCCUGGACAACGAGACCAACUUUGUGGUGCAGGUCAGCGUCUUCAUUGGUCUUCUCAUUGACCUGUGGAAAAUCACCAAAGUCAUGGACGUCAAACUCGACAGAGAGAACAAAAUCGCAGGGAUACUCCCAAGAUUGGUAUUCAACGACAAGUCAACAUAUGUGCAGUCUUCAACCAAAGUCUAUGACGACAUGGCCUUCAAAUACUUGUCAUGGCUGCUCUACCCCCUGGUUGCCUGCUAUGCGGUCUACAGUUUAUUGUAUGUAGAGCACAAAGGCUGGUACUCAUGGGUACUCGGCAUGCUCUAUGGCUUCUUGUUAACCUUUGGUUUCAUUACAAUGACGCCGCAGCUUUUCAUCAACUACAAAAUGAAGUCCGUGGCUCACCUCCCAUGGAGGAUGCUCACAUACAAGGCUCUAAAUACCUUUAUUGAUGACCUGUUUGCCUUUGUCAUCAAGAUGCCCAUGAUGUACAGGAUAGGAUGCCUCAGAGACGAUGUUGUGUUCUUCAUCUACCUUUACCAGCGCUGGAUUUAUCGGGUCGAUCCCAACAGGGUCAAUGAGUUUGGCACCAGCGGAGCAGACCAGGACCAGAACAGCACGGCAGCUGCAGACUCUGCUUCCACCACACCUGCCCUCACAGACAAAUCAGAGGGGGAGAAGAAGAACGAUUAAGCAAGACCACGCCCUUGCUGCUGGGGCAAAGAGGACUUGUGAAAAUUAGGCAGGGAGGAGAGUUGUUGUUGUUGUUUAGCUGUCAUGGACACCGCUACGAAAAAAAAGAUGCAGUUCAACUGUUGUUCCCUUUCGAUUUCUGUGUGGAUCCACAGAGAAUCAUAUUCAGUGUAGACUUGGUAAAUUCUUAUUUCUGUUUCCCGCCCGUCCCUACCCUCUCGUUUUGCGGUUCAAGUGAAGUAAAAACAAAACGUGAUGUACUGUAUUCUGUAUGACUUUUGAGAGGGUAACCGUAUUUUUGAAUGGAGGCUAGGAGGGGAACAGAUCGCAGUUAUGCUCUCCUUUUUUUUUUUUUAUUUUACAUAGAGGGAAGAAAGUGGCCAAGUGCAAAUUUUGUUGUUUGUGUAGAGUCCUUGUGAACUUUUCUUUUCAUUCCAUUUGAGCACCAUGUUUCUGGUCAUGUGGAAACUGGUGAGUAGUGUUGGAGGAAAAUUGGAAAGGUCCUGAAGAAGAGAGGCGUUGACUGGAGACGAGAUGAGACGGCCCCUAUUGGACACUACCCACAAGACCGUGACUACUUCCCUCAAUUUUAAACCAAUGAUUAAUGUUCUUAACUUGAGCAUAAAAAAUAACAGCCUUGUUGGUAUUAAUAUAAAUAUAUUAAUAUUGUCAAUGACUUAAUUUUUUGUAUUUUUUUUCAGUAACUGAAACAUUCUUCUUUAUGUCCUCAAAAUGUAUAGAAUCUCAGCUUGUCAUGUUCAUAACACAAAUGUCAACUGUAGCAAUAUCUCUAUUGCAAGUCUAACUUUUAUUUCCCCCUUGGAGCGAAUGCCUGAGUCAUCAAAUGAUUUCACACUGCGAGCCAAAUCGCCCCGACAGACACAGUGGAGACGUGUCGGGCGUGUGCUGCAGGAAUUAGUGUCUUUUUUUUUUGUUUUUCAGAGUGCCGUAAAUCCAGAAACAACUGAGGGUUUGAUGUUGGUACAUAUAAAAUUUUGAGCAUUCAUGUUUAUAGUAAAAUUCAGUGUGAUUUAAA